AUGGCGGCAGCGGCGGAAGAAGUGGUGGUGGUGGUGGUGGGGAUGGGGAGAGUGGUGUGUGGGGCCCCCCUUCUAGGGCUUGGGGACGGACUGGGUGGUGGUGGUGGUGGUUCUUUUCGUGGGCCAUGUCAGACAGAAUCGGCUGGAAAUGCUGCCGAUCAGAAAGAAAACGGGAGACUCCUCACAGACAUGAGGAUGACCAUGCCCGGCGGAGCCCUUGGCCCAACGCGGGGAGGGCCUGGCGUGGGAAACCUGCCCUCCAGCGGAGUGCGGAAGAGCUCCGGGGAGCCCCGGCUGAGUCACGCCGAGCAGCUGAGGAGCCAGGCGUGGCCGGCCUUUGCCCCAGAAGGAGCCGGAGUCCUCCGGCCUCUGCGGGCGGCUUCAGGCGUCCUCCCUGGGGGCCUUCGGCGGGCUCGGAGCCCUCGGCCAGGUGGCCUCCGCUGGGGAAGGGGUUCCCAGGGGGAGAAGCCCGACAAGGCGGUGGUCACCAGCCGUGUGAGGGAGGCCCGAGGGCCCCUGCGCCUGCUGGGCUGGCACCUGCAGCCGCGGGAGCUCCCGGAGGAGCGCAAGGUGGAGCUGCUCAAGCUCUUUGAGGUGCUCAUCAGCCAGUCCCACCAGCCCCUCCUGCAGCACCCGCCCGUCCGGCGCCCGCUGCUGCGCCUGCUGGGCCGCUGCGCCGGGCCCGCCUCCCCGCCGGUGGAGAGCAGCCUGGUGCUCCUCCUCAACCAGCUCUGCGUCUCCGUGGCCCGGGAGCCCCCCCUGCUGGAGCUCUUCUUCCGCAGCCCCUCCGAGCAGGGCCCCGCCAACCUCCUCGUCUUCUCCCUCCUCGUCCCCUUCGUCCACCGCGAGGGCCUGGUCGGCCAGCAGGCCCGCGACGCCCUCCUCCUCCUCAUGGCCAUGUCCGCCGGCAGCCGCACCGUGGCCCAGUACAUCACCGACAACUCCUACUUCUGCCCGGUCCUGGCCACGGGUCUGAGCGCCCUCUACUCCUCCCUGCCCCGCAAGCUUGAGGUCCGGGGAGACGACUGGCACUUCCUGCGGCGCGAGGACUGGAUCGGGGUCCCUUCCCUGGUCCUCUUCAUGAACUCGCUGGAGUUCUGCAACGCCGUCAUCCAGGUGGCCCACCCCCUGGUCCAGAAGCAGCUGGUGGAUUACAUCCACAACGGGUUUCUGGUGCCGGUCAUGGGCCCCGCCUUGCACAAGACCUCCAUCGAGGAGAUGAUCGCCAGCACGGCCUACCUGGACCUCUUCUUGCGCAGCGUCACGGAGACCGCCCUGCUGAAGACCUUCCUCCGCUUCCUCCUGCUCCACCGCCACGACAACAGCACCAUCCUCGACACCCUGGUGGGGCGCAUCGCCAGCAACUCUCGGCUCUGCAUGGUCUCCCUCAGCCUCUUCCGGACUCUGCUCAGCCUCCACUGCGAGGACGUCCUGCUGCAGGUGGUGCUCAGGUACCUGAUCCCCUGCAGCCCCGUCAUGCUGAGCCAGAAGCGGGCGCACCCCGCCCGCUGGGAGGAGGUCUCGGAACUAGACGGGAACUACUUGGAGUACCUGCGGGACGCCCGCCUCCACGUCGACCGCUGCGUCCGGGCCUGCCGGGCCUGGUCCGCCCCUUACGACGGGGAGGUGCCCGGUGCCAGCAGCCUGGCCCCGCCCCUGGACGCCUCCCUGCCCAUCAGCAGCGACCACUUCGGCUACACGUCCUUCCACCCGGGGGGGCACCCCGGCCACACACCCACCUCCCCCCGGACUAAAAAGCGGGGCCUGUCCGAGGAGGUGGCCGGCCCGGAGGGGGCUCCGCUUGGCGCCCAGCCCAGCCCCCCCACCUCUCCCGGCCCCCUGGAUCCCGGCAGUGGCGGCCUCCUCCCCCUCCUCAACGGGGCCCACGCAGACACUGGCAUCAAGAAGGUCCGCCGGUGCCCCCAGGGGCCUGUGGUGGAGAACGGCUCUGGCCCCGGCCCCCGGCCCGAGCCCACCUGGGAGCAGACGGUGCCCUGCCUGGACUCCCUGCUGGACGACCUGCUGACCCCCCCACCCCCCCUGGAGAACGGCGGUACCUCCUCCCCCUCCUCCUCCACCACCACCCUCGAGAACCAGCUGGAGGAGGAGAUGAACGGCGGCGGGGGCCGAGGAGGGGAGACGUUGACGCCUGGCCCCCCGCCGGAGCCCGACCCCCUCUCCUGCGAGGAGGAGGAGGCCUUCCGGAGCUUUGCCUCCCACCCAGACGGGGCGGGGCAGCCCCGGGCAGCUGACCCUCUGGCCCAGAUCAUCAUCAGCCCCCCGCGGACCCCCAGCCAGCCCCCCAGCCAGCCCUUCACAGGGCCCUUGGUGGCGGUCCUCUUUGCCAAGCUGGAGAACAUGCUGCAGAACUCCCUCUACGUCAACUUCCUGCUGACCGGGCUCCUCUCCCAGCUGGCCUGCUACCCGCAGCCCCUCCUGCGCUCCUUCCUGCUCAACACCAACAUGGUCUUCCAGCCCAGCGUCAAGUCCCUCCUCCAGGUGCUGGGCUCUGUGAAGAACAAGAUUGAGCGCUUCGCAGCCGACCAGGAGGACUUCCCCUCCCUGCUCUUCAAGGCCAAGAAGUACCUGAUCGCUCGCGGCAAGCUGGACUGGUCCGAUGCCCAGAACGCCGCCCCGUCCUUACGGCGAUCGGAAACCCUGGUGAAGAGCCGGAAGCCGUCCAUCGGGGAGCUGAUCAUGCGCCACACCAACAGCCCCACGCGGGCGCGCCAGGCGGCUCAGCUGGCUCUGCAGCACAUGCGGGAGGGGCAGGUGAUGCACGCCCUGGCGGGGGCGCCCCCCCUUCCCCGCUCCGCGCGGGACACCUUGCCGUUUAAACUUUUCUUGGCCCAGUAUUCACUUAUUGGCUAUCUUAGUGUCAUAUGUAUUAUUGUCACGUGCACCUCCACAUUCUUUGACCUCUGA